GCAUUCUCUUUUUGUGCAUUGUGCAAAUUACACAAAUAGAGACAGCCAGAUAGAGAGAGAGAGAGAGUAAGGUUAGAUCUCUCUCAAGGUGUUUAAUUGCGUUGAUCCAUUUGAGUUUCUCAAUAUAAGAGAGGAAAGAACAAACGAACCUUGCUUGGUAUGAAGGUGAUGAUGAUGAAUCCCUAUCUUUUUAUCUGAAUAGCUUCCAUUGAGUUUGUCUCUUUGCUUAGUGUUUGUUUGAUCCCAUGCUCACCUCACUAAAUUCGUUUGUCCUCUCCUCUGUGCCACCUUGUUUCAGAUCCAUCAAAACAAACAAAACCACUUUUUCUCACCAGCUUCUUCUUCCUUUCAGCCACAGAACAUAAUUAAAAAAAGGUAGCCAUAGAAAGGGAUUGAAAAAAGUUAUCAUCACUUUCUCACCUUUUGGUCAGUGAAAACAUGGGUACGGGUUGGAGAAGAGCUUUUUGCACUCGAGACCCUGAAUCCACCCUAUCAGAUAAGCAACAUAGUAGCCACAGUCCAAGUCCAAGCCCACGAAGCUGCGCUCGAUUGAACUUCUUCUCCGGAGGUAGCAACCCCUCCACUCCACGGUUGCAGCAGCAACAAUCUCAACCGGUCAACAGUCCAAGCUUGCGUUGCAGAACACUCGCAGAAGCAGCAGCAACUGUUAAUGAAAGCCCCAGAUUUCAAAGCAAAACCACUCCCAGAGCCACCAAGUCCCCCAAAACUGUUGCAGCCUCAAAUCCAAAUUCUCCUCGCUCACCUCUCAAGUUGUCCUUGUUCAAAAACAGUUUCAAAUUCAGGAGUAGCUGUGGAAUCUGCUUGAACAGCGUGAAAACUGGACAAGGCACUGCAAUUUACACAGCAGAAUGCUCACAUGCUUUCCAUUUCCCGUGUAUUGCUGCACAUGUACGCAAGCGUGGUAGCUUGAUUUGUCCCGUCUGCAACGCUGUCUGGAAAGAUGUGCCUCUGCUGGCUGCGCACAAGAAUCUCGGCCCUGAAUCCACCGCCCAGAACGACGUCGCCGCCGAUAAGCCCAAUGCCAGUGAGAAAAAGCGAGCAGAAAGCCCCUCACCGGUGUUUCAAACCAAGAAUCUGGAUCCACCUCAACAGCAACCGCAAUCACAAGCAAAGCAUUCCGAUUCAGUCAGAGCCUACGACGAUGAUGAGCCUCUCCUUUCUCCCAUCGCCGGCGGACGGAUCAUCCCCAUUCCCGAAGCCGAUGAGAAUGCAGAAGAUGAGGAAGAUGACGACGUCGGCGAGUUCCAAGGCUUCUUCGUAACCGCAAAGCCUUCAUCCUCAGUCAAAUCCUACUCCGAUGAUGUUCAAGCCAGCGACGGUGAUUCCAGAACUGUUCAGGUGAAGCUGAUGCCGGAGUGUGCAGUAGUAUCAGUUUCCCGGAGCCACGAGACUUACGCUUUAGUUUUAAAAGUGAAAGCUCCUCCGGCGAGGAGCGCCGCCAGCAGCGCCACCAAUCUGGACUCUCCACACCGCGCACCGAUAGAUCUCGUAACGGUGCUCGAUCUCGGUGGAAGUAUGACAGGAGCAAAGCUUCACAUGCUGAAGCGCGCGAUGCGUUUGGUGAUUUCCUCACUCGGCUCCGCUGACAGGCUCUCCAUCGUGGCAUUCUCCGCCACCUCCAAACGCCUCUUCCCGCUGCGGAGAAUGACGGCCAACGGCCAACGCCUGGCUCGCCGCAUCGUUGACCGCCUCGUUACCGGUCAAGGAACCGCCGUGAGUGAUGCAUUGAAGAAAGCCACGAAGGUUCUAGAGGAUCGCCGGGAGAGAAACCCGGUGGCCAGCGUCAUGCUCCUAUCCGACGGCCAGGAUGAAAGAGUUCAAAACAACAGCAACAAAUCAAGUAAUCAACGGAAGACAUGGAGCCACGUGUCCUCCACCUCAACGCGAUUCGCGCACAUCGAGAUUCCGGUUCACGCGUUUGGAUUUGGGGCCAAAAGCGGUUACAGUAACGACCCGGGUGAAGAUGCGUUUGCGAAAUGCGUGGGUGGGCUUUUGAGUGUUGUGGUUCAAGACUUGAGGAUUCAACUGGGCUUUCAAUCUGAUUCGGGCCGGGCCGAGAUCAGUGCUAUUUACACAUGCAGUGGCAGGCCCACGCUGCUUAGUUCCGGCGCGGUGAGGCUCGGCGAUUUAUACGCCGAGGAAGAGAGGGAGUUGUUAGUUGAGCUGAGGGUUCCGUCGUGGGGGGUUGGGUCCCACCAUGUGAUGACGGUUAGGUGCCUCUACAAGGAUCCUGGUAGCCAGGAGAUUGUGUACGGUAAGGAACAGGGGCUUGUGGUGCCCUCUCCACAGAGCUUGCGUUCAGGCACAAGAAUCGAGAGGCUGAGGAAUCUUUUCAUAACGACUCGAGCCGUAGCCGAGUCGAGGAGGGUGUUGGAGCAGAACGCUGACUUCACCAGCGCUCAUCAUUUGCUGGCUUCGGCUCGAGCUCUUUUGGUUCAGUCCGGCUCGGCUUCGGCUGCGGAGUAUGUUCGUGGCUUGGAGGCUGAGCUCGCGGAGGUUCAUUGGCGGAGGCAGCAAGUGGAGCAGGUUCAGGUUCAGAUUCAGCAACAACAACAGCAACGGAGAAGAGGGAGCGAUAGGGAGGUGAUGAGCUUGGUGGAUGAAAAUGGUGAGCCACUGACUCCCACAUCAGCUUGGAGAGCGGCGGAGAAGCUGGCUAAGAUGGCGAUGAUUAAGAAGUCUUUGAAUAGGGUCAGUGACUUACACGGCUUUGAAAAUGCUAGGUUUUAAUUUUAUUUUUAUUUUGUUUAAAACCUUUUUUUAAAAUUUGAAAAAAAAAAAUGUAGAGGGUGGGUGUAUUGAACAAAUAGUGAUGGUGGCUUUAUGACAAUAGAAAGGAAUGGGGGACAAGGUGGUAUGAGACGGCGCGGCCCUUUCUGCAACCGAUGAUGACGACAGAAAGAAGGUGGGGACACCGUGAAAUUUGAGAUAUUCAUUGGUUGUUAGCUUGGUCAUGUCUUUUUGUCUCGUGCCUUUUAUAUAUGUAGAGUUUAAUGUUUUCUGAAUUUUAAUCAUUUGCUUUUCAAGAUUAUGAUAUGAUGAUAUGAUGCACAUUGCACAGUGAUAAAACACUCACUCAGCUUGUUGGGGUGGAGAUUUUAUGGAAA